GACGAGUGCGGGAGUGAGAUUUGCUUGCUAACUUGCUUUUGCAGCUGCCGUACGAGCUAGGGCACAACCCAUGGCGGAGGACCACGAGACGAGGCCGCCGUCCGCCGGCGCCGGCGCCGGCCGCGACGCGGACGAGAGGGAGGAGGGGGAGAUCGCCGACGACGACUCCGGCCACGCGCCGCCGCAGCCCAACCUCCCCGCCGCGCCGCACCCGCUCGAGCACGCGUGGACCUUCUGGUUCGACAACCCGCAGGGGAAAGCCAAGCAGGUCGCAUGGGGCAGCUCCAUCCGCCCCAUCCACACCUUCUCCACUGUCGAGGACUUCUGGAGCCUUUAUAACAAUAUUAAUCACCCAAGCAAGUUGGUUGUGGGAGCUGACUUCCACUGCUUUAAGAAUAAGAUUGAACCAAAAUGGGAAGAUCCCAUCUGCGCUAAUGGAGGUAAAUGGACGAUCAGCUGUGGCAGAGCAAAAUCCGAUACAAUGUGGUUGCAUACCUUAUUGGCAAUGAUUGGCGAACAAUUCGAUUGUGGGGAUGAAAUAUGUGGAGCAGUUGUUAGUGUGCGUGGCAAGCAGGAAAGAAUAGCCAUCUGGACUAAAAAUGCUGCCAAUGAGGCUGCUCAGUUAAGCAUCGGGAGGCAGUGGAAGGAAUUUCUGGAUUACAAGGACUCAAUUGGAUUCAUUGUUCAUGACGAUGCAAAAAAGAUGGAUAAAGGUCUCAAGAACCGCUACACAGUUUGAUCUGAGUAGUCUAUACGUAGGAUGAUGGCUUUUCUUCGAUGCUGUAGUGUGUGCCAUUUGCUUGUGUAGCGAGCGCUUGAAGGUUAUAUUUAUUGCCUUGAACUGUUUAAAAUUUAAACGUAAUAUAUAACGUAUCAGAGGUGUCUCUGUACUCCACAAGUCACUUUAGCUGCUCACUUUGUUCAUUGUUUGCUGGCGUCGGAGGGUGCUUGUCUUGCUGAGCUUGCCGCUAGCUUCUCUGAACCUGCAUGUUUUGAUGUUUUGGGAUAUACGAACAUGAGUAAAUGACGGGGAUUGCAGAGUAAUCUCCUCUUCUAAAUACAGAGACGUUGAUUAUCUGAA